CUGAAUCAACUUGAUUGGCUGAUACAUUCUUUGCUAAUUUGAGGUGCCAUGAAAUUAGGACAUGAAAGACGGUUUUUGUGAGGUGAUCGAAGAUGAUGUUCACAGAAUUUCAACUUCAGAUGUAAUAUUUUUACGUUUUAAUGUCAUUAGUAACAUUUUUCCUUGCUUCUAUCGGCCAAAGAUCCCAAUUUUAUCGAUUUGUCGAUCAACGAAGAAGUGAGUGUGAGGGUCUUGAAUGUUUGCACAGUCGUCCCCCAUCCUUGUCUUCUGUUAAAGUGGGCCUUCCCUAUGCAGUUACACAGCAUUCACAUCGACCUCAAUCAUUAUUAAGCACUCUUUUUGACUGUAUGAAAGGGGGGGGGGGAUUGCUCGGUCACUGGACAGGUGACUCACUCGUCUGUCUGCCCAAAAGUCUUCGCUCUGAUGCAUCUAUAAGGCUUAUUUAUUGGUCAAAGCAUGGUCAAAGUGUAGGCAGCUAAGAUUUGCAGGUACUGUAAUAAAUUUGUAUGAAAAAUUAGAUCAUGGUGGCCAUUUAUCGGAUUGAUGGGUGAACAUAUGAUGGAGGGAGAGAAGGGGUAGCUUCCGUCAAAUGAUUUUAGAGCUUUGUGUUUUCAUGGAAUAGCUGUGCCAUUUUGUCCUUAAAGUAAAACUAGAAAUUUAAGUGACACUGUACUGGGAAGAAACAGCGAAUUUUUUAACGACAUUUCGUGCAUAGUCAGUUAUCACUUAGUAGCCCGAAAACAGUAGAUAAUUGCUGUUUAGUGUGUUAUGAACGUACAGCAGGCAGCUUGUGCAUUUCUUAGAAGUGAAACUGAGUUACCCGAUGUCACUGAACUUCCAUUGUAUGGAAUGUAUCAGUUGGAAAGGCAUUUGAAUUUACCUGAUUAAUGGUGGUUCUGUUUCUGUAUAAGAUUUUAAAGGUUACCGCUUUUUAAUUGACUUGCAACUAAAGUUAUUGGAAUGUAUUAGUUUCAUCGGUGAUUUCAAAAUGUUCGGCCCUUUUUUGAGUAAAGAGAAGGUAGAAUGCAUCAAAGCAAAAUCCAAGAAACAACAGCAUAAACAAAAAUGACGCCACCACAGGGUGAUAAUAAAAUUUCUUUACUUUGCUGGUACAUCCCCCGUCAGUUUAGAAUGGAUGGGAGCAGGCAACGGCUUAAUAUUCUUUCUUAUCCACUUCGAAAAAGAAAUUCCGACAAGGAACUAAUGAAAAUUUUCUGCCUCCAACCUUGCAUUGAAGACGGAAGACGACAGGGGUAGGUGGGCAACAACAACAAAACAAAGGGGCGGGAUGUUUUGAAAACGAGGCAAGAAAAACAGAGCAAAAUAAUUUCUAGCAUGUGGUUUUAGGUCAGUAGAGCAAUGGCAUCUAAAAGGAAGGCAGCAGAACCAUCUAAACUUUGCGAAGAAAAACGCUCCUGUCGAUCAUGGAACAUGAACGAGCAUGUCAAAGGAUCAGAUGAUGAUUUGGUAAAAGAUAGCUGCCACAGCAGCUCUAAUGAGAAAACCAAUGUACCAGCGAAUGACGAUGAAAGUGGAGACAAGCGACGUUUCACCAAGAAGAAAAGAAAAGUACCACAAAAACAUUCUUCUGUGUCUCCUUUUCUCUUGAUUGAAAUUGAAAAUAUGUCAUUUCUUAAAAAACAACCCCAGCAAUCAACUCUGUUGGAUCUAGGUCCAAAGAUAUCUCAGAUAAUUUUGACUAAAGGUUCUAGUGCGCAAAAUGGUGGAGUUCAAAAUGUUCAUUGUGGUGAUAAUGGAACUGCAACAGACUUGGAUGAAAACUGCAUUUUUUUCUUGAAAAUAUAUAAUAAUAACACUACAGAAACUAUGGUGGAGGCGUAUGAUGUUGAUAUUGUAUCAAUACAGCGGAGUCAUUAUGAAAGUACCAAUUUGAAUUCAGUAAAACAGUAUAUGAGCAUUGUGUAUGAGGGAAGGCUGCUUCUGCCAACAGUUAUGAUUGAAAGCUUAAACAUUCUUGUUAAAAAUAAAAGGCUGAAAAUAACAUUUUCUCCAGAAAUGUGGACCCAUGACCAAAUAUUUCUUGAUGUUCAACUGCUUGAAGGUGGAGUAAGCAUUUUUGCUGAUGAAGAGAGAUAUGCAGUCGGGUCUCCAUCUGUGGUGAAUUCUUUGAAAACGAUCAUGUCUUAUUAUUAUGGAAUCAAAGAUGAACCAACUAUGGCUCUACUAACAAGAAAAUUUAACUUCACUGCAAGUGAAAUACCAGCUUUGUAUGAUCAUAUCAAGAAAUACCAUUUUAAAAGAUUUAAUAUAGCUAAUGCAACUGAUAAAUUACAUUCAGAACAGUGUCAUGCACUGAGGCCAACAGAAAGUGAGGCAAAUUUAUCAUCCCUUUUUUUCAAUGGGAAACCAAGGAUGUUUGAGAGAAUUCAUUCUUUAAAUGACUUGAGCAGUUAUGAAGAAGAAAAAAAUGAUCAUUUUGGUGAAUUUAUAGAAUCUGAAGAUGCAGAUAUUGCUGAAGUGAUUGAUGGCAAAGGACCUGCAAAACUUGAUGCUAAUGAUGUAUUUUUGGAUAAUUUAAUACCAUCAUUAAGAAAAUACCAGCAGGAAGCCUUGAAAUGGAUGAUUUCAAGGGAAAAUGAGACAGAAUAUGAGUUAGGGGAAGAAAAGCACAUAUUAUGGCAUCAAUUGGUCCUAGAGCAAAAAGCUGGUUCAGUUUAUUUUAACCCAAAAACUGGGAGGAUUUGCUCAAAGUUAAUUAUACAGCCAUUGCCAAAAGGUGGUAUCUUAGCAGAUGAGAUGGGACUAGGAAAAACUGUUGAGGUUUUGGCAUUGAUUUCAAGAAAUAAACGGAAAGAAAGAUUUGUUCUUGAUGAGUCCAGGCAAUCUUGCAAAAGUGUUUCUGUAUCAAUGUGCAGUGAAGAUACGAAUAACGGUGUAGCUGCUUCCAUUAAAAGAUCAAAAGAAGAAGAUCUGCUAGUAGAAGAAAGCAAAGACUAUUGCUGUUUUUGUGGGAAAAAUGUGCAUUCAGAAAAUGAAAGGGAAAAUUGCAAUGAUUGUGGGCAGUCCAUGCACUUUGGAUGUGCUGGUACACAAGGAAGAAAGCUAAAAAAGUAUUACUGUGCAGUUUGUGCCACUAAAGAGGUGCUCAAAACACAUUGCACUUUAAUUGUGUCUCCGGAAACAAUAGUGUACCAGUGGAUUGAAGAAAUACAAAGACAUGUUAAGCCAGAUGCAUUAUCUUAUUUUCUAUACCUUGGUGUUGCAAAAAGUGGAUUCAUUCAGCCAGCCAUUCUUGCAGAGUUUGACAUCAUUAUAACAACUUAUUCCACUCUUAAUUCUGAGUUUCAUCAUGUGAAAAGUGAAGAAGGCAGAGAGCGAUCCUUGAGAAAUCGCAAAAAAUACGCUGCAUUGCCAAGUCCCCUCACGUUUCUUGAGUUCUGGAGGGUCUGUAUGGAUGAGGCUCAAAUGAUACAGUGCACAACAACAAGACUGGCUGAAAUGGUUCUAAGAAUAAGUGCUGUUCAUAGAUGGUGUGUCACCGGUACCCCUGUCCAAAGAGGCUUAGAGGAUGUUUAUGGAAUGCUGCUUUUCAUUGGCUUCUUCCCUUAUUGCUUGAAGUCGUGGUGGAACAAACUUCUUCGUGAACCUCUUUGUCAUGGAUAUACCAAACCUUUGUUUGAUGUAUUAGCACGUGUCAUGUGGCGAACAGAGAAAAAAGAUGUUUUGGACCAGAUUAAUCUUCCAAAGCAAACUGAAACGUUUGAAAUGCUAACGUUCACGCCAGUAGAGUGGCAGUUUUAUAAGAGACAGGAAGAGCUUUGUACUGCAAGUGCCUUAACGGAAAUUGAAAAGUGGAAAGAAAAGGAAACAAUUCUCAGUAGCUUGGACAAGUCAAGCCUUCACAGUCUGCUUGCACCAUUAUUGCGCCUUCGCCAAGCUUGUUGUCAUCCUCGUGCCGUUCGCGAUGGGCUUCUUGGAAUCCAAAAGAGUCAUCUAACUAUGGACAAACUGCUUGAAGGGUUGACAUCCAAAGCAAAACUCGAAUGCGAAGAGGCACAUAGACAGCUAAUGUGUGCGUUAAAUGGGUUAGCGGCUAUCGAUAUGAUUGAAAGCAAGUUUGCCAAUGCGGUCACCAAGUACAGAGAGGCAAUUCAAUCUUGGGCAGCUCAUAAGGAUAUCUUCAGAACUGAUCUUCUCCAGAAACUUCACACCAUCAAAAACCUUUCUGAAACUUUACAUAAAUUAAGCCAGUGCUCCCAUGCGCUUUCAGAUGGCACAAUAGACAACGAGGCCGAUGAGCUAGCCAAGGAGUAUAUGAAAAAACCGGAGUCACAAAUUGCAUCCGCUCAGUCGAGGCUAGCACCCGUGGAAUCGAAUCUCAAUGAUGAGAAAUCAGAGGUCGAUUGGAAAGACCCAUGGUGGAUUCACAUAAUGAGCCAUUUCAAUUCUCCAGAAGACGAGAAUUUAUUUAUUGUAAAGAUCAAGGACGAAUUACGAUCGCAGCUUAGUUCACCCACAUUUAUGCAAACCCGAUUCAAGACAAUCGAUGGACUUCGCUACCUAAUGGUGUCAAAGAUAACAAAGCUGGAUGAACUCCGUGAUGAACUUAAAAUAUCUCUUAAUGACCUACAAAAGGAACCUUCUAAAGAAAUGAUUUUGACAACUGCUGCUUGCUGUCUAAGACCUGUCGAGGGAUCAAACGCAGAAAGGUGUCCCUUUUGUAAAGCAGAUGAUAUCUUUACGGAGUACGAGAACAACCUUUUUUCCCACAGAGGAAUGAAGAAAAAUGAGACAGUGGAAGGUGAUGACAACAAAAGAUUUGGUGGUCUUAGAGCAGAGACUGAGCUCGAUGUAGUUUUAAAGACAAUUUAUUCUAUGGCAAGGCAAAAAUCCGUUGAUCUGAAGUUUCAAAGCCAAACAAAAGCUCAUCUGAAGUAUAUGGACUUGUUGAAGCAGGAAUUCAAGUGUUUGAGAAACUUGUGGUUUGCAUUGCACAAGCGUAUUUCGGCUUGCGAUGAACUGGAGAUGUCGAUAAUUCGGAUGAGGCUUAGAUACGAGGAUGAGACGUCCAAUGAAAGCUACAUCAUCGAUAAACAUGAGAUUGGCUUCCAACGCUUUAAGCUUCAAGCUGAUAGGACAGCCGCUCUGCACAUGCUCGGCAAGAAAAAGGGCCAGCUUUUCUACUUGAAAAAUUUAGAAAAGGCGCAAAGUUCGACUCACGAUAGCAAUCCAGACGCCUGUCCAAUCUGUAAAGAUUCUCUGGGAAAACAGUGGGGUGUCUUUUCCUGUGGCCAUUGUUUCUGUUGUAUGUGUAUAACGAGCUUGAACAGAGACCAGGCAUUCUUGCUGUCCGACGGAAAGGUGUCCGAUUGGACUGUCCGAUGUGUCGGGAGCCUACAUUAUCCGAAGACAUAUCAUUUGUUCAUGGGAAAUAGAAAAAGUGAAGCUGAGAAUGAAAUAAAAGUCAAGGGCAGCUACUCAGUGAAAAUUGAAGCUGUUAUCAGAAAGAUCCUUGAAAUUGGACAAAAUGACCCUGAUGGAAAAAUAAUUGUUUUUUCAACGUGGCAAGAUGUUCUGGGGAUAAUUGCUCAAGCAUUGGCUGAGAAUGAUAUUGUUUUCAGAUAUGGGCUAGGUUCGAGACAGAAGUUUCGAGGUUGUCUAAGCGAUUUCAAGGUGCUUCCUUAUGUAAAAGUCCUUCUGUUGCCAUUAAAACGAGGCUCUAAAGGUCUCAACAUCAUCGAAGCUACACAUGUUAUCCUGACUGAACCGACUCUGAAUCCAGCAAAUGAGCUACAAGCUAUUGGUAGGGUGCAUCGAAUUGGGCAAACAAAGCCAACGUUUGUUCAUCGGUUUAUUGUACGAGAUACAAUAGAGGAGAGAAUUCGAGAAUUUUUGAAAACCAGGUCAGAAACAGAAUGGAUAAGUAUUAACGAUGCUGCGUCUAGUUCCUUGACUAUCGGCGAUUUGUCGAGCCUUUUACUAGAAAAACAGCAUGACAAGAAGGAAAACAUAUCGCUUUUUGAGUGUGGGACUGCAUCUAUACCUGAGCCAGCAGCAUCAGGAUUGAUAUCGCCAGCUAUAAGCUCUAAAGAGACACCAACAACUGCACCAUCUGUAUCGUCAAUGCAGACAGCUGUUGGGAACCAAGGGAACGAGACAACUGAAGCUCGGGUGUCCGUUUCAGGGGAAGUGCCAGCUACUGUUGUAACAGAAACAAUGCCACCCGAACUUGGAACUUUGGAACUGGGGACGGCAUCAAGAGAAAUUUCGUUGGAUACAACGUCACAUGUGCCCUCCGUUGCAACACCACAAGAGUCCUCUUUAAUAUAAACGAAAUCUUCAGUAUCGCGUUAAUGCAGAGUUUUGUCGAUCUAUCUACAAAGCAUUGAAAAAAAGCUUAAUGUCAAAAGCAUGAACAAGAUGAAAGGAGACGAGAAGCAUCCUCUUGCCGAGGGACUAUCGGGUUCUUCGUUUGUAUUGUCUCUCUUUGGAUCAACGAUAUAGUAACAAGUUUUACAACUGACAGGCGCGAUAAAUUUUAUAACUGAUAAAUUUGAAAGUUUUUACGAACAGCUUUUUGUAACUGAAUCUUUAAAGACAUUUUUUAAUAUAUUGUCAGAAAGUUCUGAUAUUGAAAACUGGGUAUAAAGUUAUCUAUUACUGGGUAAUUGGAAGUAGCUGCUAUUUAUGCGUAUAAAGCUACUAUUACCAAUAGAUAAUGACCUUUUAAAUAUAGCUGUCUAAGGUGCUUGCAGAGCUAGUUGCAUUAUAAACUUAUGUUUACAAGAGUUUAAAGUUUCUUAAAACGAAGCAAAAUUCAAAUCUGAAAUCUUACAACCUUUAUAUUAAUUUCGAAAAAAAAUUUUUUUUAAUCGUGUAAUUUCAAGAUUUGUAAAAAUAUUUAAGCAGUCUAUUUUGAUGCUUUGAGUUUCACUUUUUUAUGGAAAGAAUAUCAGCAAAUGUUGCAGCAAAGUUUUUGUUGUUUUUUGUGGGGCCCUAAAGAAAGGCUUCGAAAUGUUCUGUUUUAGGUAUGCAUUUAUCGGAUCGUGUUUAGGUCAUUUUGCAUCAAAUUUGUUAUGAAUUGUCAUUUUACACCUCCAGUAAACUGUUGCAUGGUCACUAAAUGUCCAAAAUUGUCUGUGCACUUUGUCACCGUUGCCCAUUUUCAACACAAAAUCAAAUACAGAGUACCGAAAAUCCACGACAUAAAUAACUAGGUUCCAGUCCUUAUCCAGCACUAAAUUUCAAAAUUGUUUUUUGCAAAAAAGAUUGUGCCAUGUAAGGAUGCUUCGUCAGCAAAUAAAGGAUGACUCAACCCGCCAUAGCAGUGGAGGUUGUAAUAGACUUGCCCCAAGUCAAUUUCGUGCUUCAGGGAGCAAUUGAUAUUUGCUUCCUUCAUGUGGACUUAUGCAAAGAUAGGAAAAGCGAAGUCCUAUGCAUAGGCUAUUAAGAUAAGAUAUAGCCAUACGCGCAUAGGCACUUGGCCUAGUUCUAUAUCUUAUAAACCAGGCUAGAGCAACAAUAAUCCACUAGCAAAGCUCAGAAGAUCUUUACCAUAGUCAUCUGCUAUUGCAUAGUUGGUUGUUUAAUGUCAGAAGUGAGCGUUUUAUUGCUUACUAUUUUGCUCGGUUCGUCUCUUUCUCUUAUAAGUUUUUUGGCGGGUUUUUAAUUCGACACUCAGAAAACGGAAAAUAUAAUGAAGCAUGUCUCACAUCUUUUUGCAAUGUUCACAAGAAGAAUAACAUUCAACGGCAGUUUUGGGAUAAGAAGCCAACUGCCAAUGUCACACAGAAAUAUCCAAAUAUGUACAUGUACCUACUGCUAUUACAUAGUGUUAUAUCGUGUAAAGGUCCAAACAUACUCAAUUCUUUUGCCUUUUUUCUCCAUUUAUUCAAAACCUGGAUAAAAGUUUUGUGGUUAAGGCUACGGUCACACCCAGUACCGUCGCAAUGGGAGCGUUAGGGUGCGACACCCACUUGAAAAAUUUGUUGCGAAAAUGAAUAGUUUUGCCAUAUAGGAAUGCUUAGUAGGUGAAUUUCAAAAUUGUUGGCAAAUAAAGGAUGGCUCACCAAUAUUGUUGGGAAACGGGACCGGAAACCCUCCUUGUUGGCACCUUUCAAUUCGAAAAGUUUGAGGAUAAGUAAGGUUUCCUCCCUAGAAAUAUUCACCUCUUACAUUUCUGGACAAAACACUGCAGGAUA